CCCGUGUUCGGGGGGUCGGAGGUGGGAGAGUGGCGGGACUGGACUGGACUACACAGAGCUGGACUGGACUAGGGAUGGCCGGCAGCAGCCAGGAGCGGAGCCUGCGGGAGGAGCUGACCUGUGCCAUCUGCUGCGAGCUGUUCAGCGAGCCCGUCAUGCUGGACUGCAUGCACCACUACUGCCGGGGCUGCAUCCUGCGCUACUGGGACAGCUGCGCCCGCGGCCCCUCGUGCCCGCAGUGCCGCCGCAGCUUCCCCGGCCGCGCCUUCCGCACGCACUACCUGCUGGCCGGGCUGGUGGACAAGGUGCGGCGCUGCGGCUCCCGGGAGCACCGGCACAGGAUGCAGAAGCACCUGGAAGAUGCUUUGCAAGCCCGUCAGAAGGAGCUGGAGAAGUUGCUGCAGAGGAAGCGUGUGGUGCAGGAGGACAUCUGCAGCCUGACGAAAGUGUCUGGGGAGCUGAACUUCAAGAUUCGGGCUGAGUUUGCUCGCCUUCAUCAGAUCCUGGAAGAGGAGGAGAGAGCUGUGCUGGCAGAGCUGGGUGAGCAGGAGGAGCAGUCCCUGGCCCAGCUGCACAGGCACGUUGGCCAGCUGGAGGAGGGGAUGGCAGUGCUGCAGAGGGACAUCGAGCACGUCAGGCAGACCCUGAGCAAGAUGGAAGAUGUGUCACUGCUGGAGGUGGAGAGCCUGGAUAUCAGGCCCUCGGUGAGUGUUGAGAGCCAGCCUGCCCUGGACCUGCAGCACUACAGGGACAGCCACAGUGGCCCCUUGCAGUACAUCUUCUGGAGGCAGAUGCUGCGCUCCAUCUGCCCUGCUCCUGCCCCGCUCACCUUUGACCCUGAGUCAGCCCACCCCAACCUGGUCCUCUCCAGGGAUCUGACAGCAGUGACAGAGAGGGACCGAGCCCAGCCUGUCCCCGCCAGCCCUCGGCGCUUCCGUCAGUGCGUCAACGUGCUGGGCUCGCAGGCCUUCGACUGUGGCCAGCACUACUGGGAGGUCUGGGUGGGCAGCAAAACCAAGUGGGACCUGGGGGUGGCUGCUGAGGCUGUGGACAGGACAGCCAAGGUCAGGCUGUGCCCAGAGAACGGCUACUGGACGCUGCGCCUGCGGAACAGGACAGAGUACUGGGCCACCGCCAGCCCCUGGGUGCGCCUGGCUCCCCGCCGGCCCCCACGCAAAGUGGGCGUCUUCCUGGACUGCCAGGAGGGCACCGUGGCCUUCUUUGAUGCUGGGGACAUGUCCCACCUCUUCACCUUCCACCAGGUCUCUGCAGAGAGAUACUGCCCCUUCUUCAGCACCUGCUUCAGUGACGGGAGGGACAACGUGGAGCCCAUGCGCCUCUGUCACCUGGCGCUGUGAGGGACGAGGGUGCGCUGGGGACACCAGCCUGGCUCCUGCCUGGGGCUGUGCUGGGGGCCAGCUCUGCACACACAAACCUGAGGGGUGUUGGAGGAGCUUGUUUGGUUUGUUCUGGGAGGAAGGAGGGGAUGAGUCUCUUCCCAGGUCCUGUCUGCCCUCCCUUCCCUGUGCCAUGGUGUGGUUGCCACAGAGCAUUCAGAGGGGUUCCAGGCACCCCGUUCCUGAGCACAGCACAGUUCAGUAACAGCAUCCACGGAGCUGCAGGGCAGGGGGCUGUGAGUUGCUGGCACCUCCUGCCUCUCUGGGUGUUGUAUUAGUUGUUUUGCACUGGGUGAUUGGAAAUUUGUACUGAGUAUGUUAUGUCACGUAGAUAGUUAUUUCUCUUCCCCCAUCACAUAGUCUUUCCCUCACAGAGUCUUACAGCUGUGCUCCCACCCGCCAGCCCCGUGGAGGAGGGCAGCAGUCCCGGGGCACCCUCGGGUGCCUCUCAACCCCACAUCCCGACCAUCCAUCCUCUGCUGGAAGAGCUUCCCGGGGCAGGGCUGCGGGCCGGCAGCAGAGGGAGCCCGGUGCACAGCCCGGGGACUGCAGCACGGCUCCCUCA